AUGUCUCUUCCUAUCAGGUCAUUGCCCAGAACACUGGUACGGUCCUACGGGACGGUGCAGGGUGCCCCCCAGCCUGCGUCCCUGGCCAGCCGCAUUCCUCUGACGCUGACCGACGCUACGGGUGCUACCGCCCCACGGACCACUUGGACUCGAGAUGAAGUCAAGCAAAUCUACGAGACACCAUUGAACCAGCUCACAUACGCGGCGGCGGCGGUCCACCGCCGGUUCCAUGAUCCCGCGGCUAUUCAGAUGUGCACUCUCAUGAACAUCAAGACCGGAGGAUGUAGUGAAGAUUGCUCGUACUGUGCCCAGUCCUCUAAGCACAACACCGGACUGAAGGCUACCAAGAUGAGCCCCGUCGACGACGUGCUCACCAAGGCUCGCAAUGCCAAAGCCAACGGCAGCACCCGGUUCUGCAUGGGUGCCGCCUGGCGAGACAUGCGCGGCCGCAAGACCAGUCUGAAGAACGUCAAGCAGAUGAUCUCCGGCAUCCGCGAGAUGGACAUGGAGGUCUGUGUCACUCUCGGCAUGAUCGACGAGAACCAAGCCAAGGAACUGAAGGAUGCCGGUCUGACCGCAUACAACCACAACCUCGACACCUCCCGUGAAUUCUACCCCACCAUUAUCACCACCCGGUCCUAUGACGAGCGUCUGAAGACGCUCUCCCACGUUCGCGAUGCUGGCAUCAACGUUUGCUCCGGUGGUAUCCUCGGUCUGGGCGAGAGUGACGCCGACCGUAUUGGUCUCCUUCACACCGUCUCCAGUCUGCCCGCCCACCCCGAAUCUUUCCCUGUCAACGCUCUUGUCCCCAUUCCCGGAACUCCACUCGGCGACCGCAAGAUGAUUCCCUUCGACCGUUUGCUGCGCACUGUCGCUACCGCCCGUAUCGUGAUGCCCAGUACCAUUGUCCGUCUGGCAGCCGGUCGCAUCGCGCUCUCUGAAGAGCAGCAGAUUGCUUGCUUCCAGGCUGGUGCCAACGCUGUCUUCACGGGUGAGAAGAUGUUGACCACUGACUGCAACGGCUGGGAUGAGGAUCGUGUCAUGUUCGACCGCUGGGGUUACUACCCCAUGAAGAGCUUCGAGAAGCCUGGCUUCAAGGCCACCGCUAGCACCGAAGCUGCGGCACCCCCUCCUCCCCAGCCCGAGGCUGCUGCGCCGGUCGCAGCCAGCUCUUAA